GUCCUCCGAUCCCUCACACAGCUUCCCAAGAACUUGCCAAAUCUCCAUGGUAGUCUUGAGAUGCUUGAUCUUGGAGAAGGUGAUGGGAUCAAGUGUCUUGAAGAUGGCUGCUUUGGCGACGUUGUCCAGAUUGUGCUUCUUGCAAUCUCUAUCAUCCUAUUUCUCCUUGGGCUUUGGAAUGUACUGGACAACAUCAGGAUUGGCUGGAUUCCUCUCAGGGUUCUCCAUUUGGAUUUUCAAGGGUCCAUCCUCAAGCACCAUCCACAUGCAAUCAUGUAGGGCAUAAAG